ACGUCUACAACAACAUCCACAACGUCAACGUCGACAACAACUUCGACAACAACCUCAACUUCGACAACAACAUCCACAAUAUCAACUUCAACAACAACAUCAACAACAACAUCGAAUAUUCUAUCAUCAACAUAACAAUUUUGUAUGGGCAACUACUGGUGACAUGAACAGUCCGCGAAGAUAUCACACUUCAACUACAUUGACAAAUGGAAAUAUCUUAGUAACUGGUGGAAAUAAUGGUAUCGGUUACUUAAUUAGUGCAGAAGUGUACGAUUCAUCUACAAGACUUUGGACACUUACUGGCAAUAUGAACACUGCACGAGGAUUUCAUACAGCAUCCAUAUUGACAAAUGGAAGUGUCUUAGUUGCUGGUGGAUACAGUGGUAGUAGUUAUUUAAAUACUGCAGAAAUAUAUAAUCCAACAACAGGACUCUGGACACUUACUAGUAACAUGAGUGCUGCACGAGACUAUCACACACAAGUCACAUUAGCAAAUGGCAAUAUUUUAAUAGCCGGUGGAUACAAUAGUGGUAGUGGUAUCUUGAAUAGCACAGAAAUCUACAUAUCAUCUACAGGACUGUGGACAACCACUGGCAAGUUAAAUACUGCUCGAAGAUAUCAUACCGUCUCUAUACUAACAAAUGGAAAUGUCUUAGUUGCUGGUGGAGACAAUGGUGGUAGUACUUUGAAUAGUGCAGAAGUAUACAAUCUAUCCACAGGAUUAUGGACAUAUAUCGGCAAUAUGAGCACUGCACGAGAAUAUGACAUACAAGUAACAUUAUCAAAUGGAAAUAUCUUAGUUGCUGGCGGAUACAAUAGUCGUAGUGGUUAUUUGAGUAGUGCAGAAGUGUGCAAUUCAUCCACAGGACUGUGGACAACUACCGGCAGCAUGAAUUUUAUACGCAAUCAUCACUCAGCAUCCUUAUUGGUAAAUGGAACUGUUUUAGUUGCUGGUGGAUACGAUGGCAUUGAUUACUUGACUAGUGCAGAAGUGUAUGAUCCAUCGACAGGACUCUGGACAACUACUGGCGACAUUUACAUUGAACGAGAUUAUCACACAGCAUCCACAUUAACAACUGGGCAAGUAUUACUUGUUGGCGGACAGAAUGGUGAUAGUGUUUUGAGCAGUACAGAAUUAUAUGGAUGA